AUGUCCGUGUCCACCCCCCAUCCCGAGCUGAGCCCCACAGGAGGAGCUCUUGUAAGCUGUGAAGUUGGUGAGAGUAUCAAAGUGGAAAACCAGCAUGACUACCAGGAUAUCACCAGUGUGGUGGCCAUGGCCAAAACCUACGCCACCACUGAGGCCUUCAUCGACUCCAAGUACGACAUCCGGGUCCAGAAAAUCGGGUCCAACUAUAAGGCGUACAUGAGAACGUCCAUCUCUGGAAACUGGAAAGCCAACACAGGCUCGGCCAUGUUGGAGCAGGUGGCCAUGACAGAGAGGUACAGGCUAUGGGUGGACAGCUGCUCAGAAAUGUUUGGUGGCCUGGACAUCUGUGCUGUCAAGGCCGUUCACAGCAAGGACGGCAGAGAUUACAUCAUUGAGGUCAUGGACAGCUCGAUGCCCCUGAUUGGAGAGCAUGUGGAAGAGGACAAACAGCUGAUGGCCGACCUUGUUGUCUCCAAAAUGAGCCAACUCCUGGUGCUGGGGAAUACCGUUCCCUCACCCCUGAGAGCUUGGGCUCCACAAACAAAACCUGCAAAAUCCCCAGGACAAGGGCAGCGAGGACCCCAAAUGGAACAGCCCCAGCCACGCCCACCUCCACAAGGUGACAGCUCUCCAAACCAGUCCCCAGCCCCAGAUCUAGAAGCCCCUCCCAACAGAGGCUCUCCCCACAAGGCCAGCAGCCCGGGAGCCCCCAGUCUGGAUCUCCACAACAGCAAAGGUCACCAGGCUCUCCACAGCUAUCCCGGGCAUCAGGUGACAGCUCUCCAAACCAGGUCUCCAAGCCAGGAACCAACCUCAGCUCCCAGCCCCGGCCCCCAGUGCAGGGCCGCAGCACUUCCCAGCAAGGUGAGGAGCCAAAGAAGCCAGCACCACCUCACCCCCAUCUCAACAAAUCCCAGUCCCUGACCAACAGCCUUGGCACAUCAGACGCUACCCAGCGCGGGGCCCCAAGUGAGGAUGAGGCCAAAGCCGAGACCAUCCGCAACCUGAGGAAGUCCUUCGCCAGCCUGUUCUCUGACUAGUUCUGUCCAGGCUGGAAGGCAGGAGGGUUUGAUGAUGCUCCCCGCCUCCUAUCUCCUCCUCCUUCUUCUCAUCCAUGGCUCCUGGCAGAGACGGAUGAAGGCCCUGACAACAUACUUCCUAAAUGCCUUGGACCCAGAAUCUCAUCCUUCACAAGCAUCCCAUUCUUUCCCGUGGCAUUCUGAUGCGGUCUGACUGAGCAGAGAGCUUUGAAGAGCCUCCAGGUUCCUCGAAGCAGGCUUUCCUGACAGACCUGACAUUGCUCCAUUUACCUGUGUGCUUGCUCCCCUGCGCCGCACCCCCACCCUGGCCCAUGCCAAGUGACAUGUCUGUGUGGCUGGUGUUCACAUUCUUGUUCAUGUUUUGCUUGCCUUUGGACA